AUGAGUUCCGCCGAGGAUGUCGAAUCCGAGGGUAGACCUCCUUAUCACCACGCAAUGAUUGCGGGUGGUAUAGGCGGCUCGACGGGUGAUUUGCUCAUGCACUCCCUCGACACUGUCAAGACGCGGCAGCAGGGCGACCCUCACGUUCCGAGCCGGUACACCUCCCUGGGACAGUCGUACUACACGAUAUGGCGACAGGAGGGGGUAAGACGUGGUCUGUACGGGGGAUGGAUCCCCGCCCUGGCGGGUUCCUUUCCCGGCACAGUCAUGUUCUUCGGUACAUACGAGUUGAGCAAGCGGUACCUGUUAGACGUUGGGCUUCAGCAGCACCUUGCAUAUCUAUCAGCGGGCUUCCUUGGCGAUCUUGCUGCCUCCAUCGUCUACGUGCCAUCCGAAGUCCUCAAGACGCGCCUACAGCUCCAGGGCCGCUACAAUAACCCGCACUUCCACUCGGGAUACAACUACCGGGGUACCAUCGACGCCGCGCGCACAAUCGUCCGCACCGAGGGCACCGCCGCCCUGUUCCACGGCUACAAGGCCACGCUGUUCCGCGACCUGCCAUUCUCCGCCCUCCAGUUCAUGUUUUGGGAGCAGCUGCAAGCCUGGGCGCGGCGCCACAAGCAAAGUCGCGACAUCGGCGUGCCCCUCGAGCUCCUCACCGGCGGCAUAGCCGGUGGUCUGGCCGGUGUCAUCACCUGUCCGCUCGACGUGGUCAAGACGCGUCUCCAGACCCAGGUCAACGUCACUUCCGACUCUUCCGCUUCCGCUUCCGCUUCCGCCUCGUCGUCGUCGUCGUCGUCGUCGUCGUCGUCGUCACCACAUGCCGCCGCCUCCGCCGCCGCCGACACAUCAUCGCAGCGCCGUCACAUAUCCACCUCGUCGCCCAAUACGCACCGUCCCGCCCCCGGCGCCGCCUCUCUGCAGACGUCGUCCGUUUCAGAGGGUCUGGCGGCAAUCUACCGCGUCGAAGGUUUGGGCGGUUGGUUCCGUGGCGUGGGUCCCCGUGGUGUCUGGACUUUUAUUCAGAGCGGGUGCAUGCUCUUCCUCUACCAGCGUCUCUUGCAUCAGAUGGGUGUGUGGUUCCCUCUCGAGGAAGAUGAUCGCCCAGAGAUGCAAUGA